AUGAAAUACGAUUAAAAAAUAAAGUAAUUAGAGAAGUUCUUAAUAAUCAAAAAAGUGUCUGAUAACCCUAAGUACAAAAUUGUAUUAAUAACUAUAAGAUUUGGAGCAAAAUAGAGCAAUCGAUUAAUAAUUAGAGAGCAAGCCAUGAAAGCAAGACAAAAUGAAUUAUAAGAUGCAGUAAAUAGAAAUUUUGAUUUGCUUGGAUAUGGUUAUGAAUUCAAUAAAGUUGAUAAGAAGAAUGUCUUGCAAACAGAAAAAUUUCUGAAACACUUUUUGGACUUGGAUAAUGAAGAUGAUCAUCUUCCAAAAAUCAAUAAGUAUUAAACAACGAGAACAGAAUUAACCUAAAUAUCAACUGAAGAAAGAUUUCCUUAAUUGAUUAGUACUAUUCCCACUCUUUAUUGCAAUUAGAUAAUGAAAUCUUGUGAAACUGUUAAAGGUGAUAUUAAGAAACUAAAAAGAGUGAAUAAGAAGACAAUUAGAACAAACUAAUUCCAAAUGAAUAAAAUGAUCAAUAGACUACAAACAAUACAAACAACGAAUUUUUUGAAUAAUGAAUUGAUUUUAUUAUGA